AGCCCAGUACUCGCCGUCGAGUCCCUCCUCUUAUUCGCCAGCUUGCUUCGCUUCAGCGAUGAUCUCUGGACACUCUGGACCAAAAACGGCGCCUCCACGCCAAACUCCCCAUCCCCAGCAACAUCCUCCUCGACGCGCUCAACAAACGACUUGCGCCUGACAAGCCCCGUGGUAUUCCGCCGCCUCACCGCCCCGGACCCAAAAUCACGCCGAGCAUCCGCCACCAGGGGCUCCUCAACACUCUUGUAUGAGUAGCUAAGGAUGGAUUUGCGCCGAUUAACCGUGUCUUCCAUUUUGCUCAGUUGGCUGCCAUGCUUUGACAGCCACUCUUGGAACUCGCCGGGUGCGAUCUCCGGGUGCAGACGCGCUGGCAGCCAGACGUUGGGCGCGUCCAGCGGGUCAAUGCUGAAUUCCUCAGGAAACUGCGCUGCGAUGGCCCCGCGUUUGAGCUCGCCCACGGCCUCCAGCUCCUCAUUCAGCCAGUGGUCAGAGGUGGCUGUGGCUGUGGUUGUGGCGAUGCUGGAAGAGGAAGAGGCCGAGGGGGCGGUCGCCAUUGCCAUUGCCAUUGCCGCAGGUGCUGGUGCUGGUGCUGCCAAUUGCUUCAGAUCGCCGACGGAGCGCCGACGUCCGGGAAUGGCGGUGGGCUGAUUGUCUGGGGCAUUGCCGGGGAGCAUUUUUUCUAUAAAGGAAGAAAGAAGGAAGCGGAAUGAUUUAGACAGUUUGAAAUUUUUAAAUGGAAAUUAUAAUGUAGUAUUUAUGAAGAAAAUGGUAAAUAAUAAAUGCGAUUUCUUUUCAGGUGAU